UUUAACAAUCCUAAACCUCAUCCCCAAUUUUUGCAUCGUCAACUCCGUUAACCAAAAAUAAAUACAACUCCAGAACCUUUUAACAAAUUAUUUCCCCAAAUCACACAAAUUAUUCAAAAAAAUGUUUAACCAACCGUUUAUGAAACCCGGAGACAUCGAAUCCGGGUCAUCGGCCCAGCUAUAUCCGAUGAUGAUGGAGUCACCGGAGCUCCGGUGGUCUUUCAUCCGUAAAAUAUAUUCAAUCGUGGCCGUACAGUUACUUUUAACCGCCGUUGUUGGCGCCGUGGUUAUUUCUUAUCAUCCGAUUGUUACUUUUUUAACCACUACUAAUGCCGGUUUCGCUUGUUAUAUACUUUUGAUUGUUGCUCCCUUUAUCACUUUGUGCCCAUUGUCGUAUUACUAUCAGCGGCAUCCGGUUAACUACUUGCUACUUGGGAUAUUUACUGUCUCUCUUGCUUUUGCGGUUGGUUUGACAUGUGCAUAUACUAGUGGCAAAGUCAUAUUGGAAGCAGUUAUAUUGACAGCCGUGGUAGUCGUGAGUCUCACUCUGUUCACAUUCUGGGCUGCAAAGAGGGGCUACGACUUCAAUUUCUUGGGGCCUUUUUUGUUUGGUGCUGUUAUGGUGCUUAUUGUCUUUUCGUUCAUUCAGAUUUUCUUUCCUCUGGGCAAAAUUUCAGUUAUGGUGUAUGGGGGUUUAUCAGCAAUAGUCUUUUGUGGCUACAUUGUCUAUGAUACUGACAAUCUAAUUAAGCGAUACACCUAUGACGAGUACAUAUGGGCUGCUGUUGCUCUAUACUUGGAUAUCAUCAACCUUUUCAUUUCGUUGCUUACAAUUUUACGAGCUGCUGACAGUUGAAAUGAUCAUGGUCUUCACCAUCAGCUCAUACUGUCAUAUUUCAUAGGUACAUGAACUUUCUUCUUAAAGAGUUUGAUACCUAGGUGUUACAUCUUUGAAUGGAUUUCAUCCUUACCAGAUUCAUUUAUCAACACUCUAUAGUUCAUUAUUUUAAGGUGAAGUGUUUUUGUGUCAAGGUGGGUUAAGUGUGAUACUAUUGGUACUGUUUAGAAUCCAUAACUGUAUAGGAAGUGACUUUCGUACAUUAAUGAACCCUUGUUUUGAUGAUGUGAAUUGAAAUAAAAAUAAGGUUAUGUGAUUUGGUUA